AUGGAGGGGGCGCUGCGGCUGGGCGCUGGAGGAGAGCAAACCCUCGAGCGUCUGUGCGGGGGCCCCGCAACGUCGGUGCCCGUGCGGGUGCCCACGGGGCGUUCUGGCAUUGAAGCUGGCCUACCGACCCAAUCCGCGUCCCAGCACGGCUCCCCGGGAGCCAUGGCUCAGCCACCCUGGUCUCCUUGUGUCUUUCAGCGGGCCGCGCUGGCGAGGAUCUCGGUGCGUCGUCCACCCGGACAGGUGAGCGGACGUCCCAGGGAGCGUGGGCCCUGGAGCCAUCCCAAGGGCAGGCAACGCGAACGUUGGGCAGGGGUCCUGACGAGGCCAGGAAAGCGCGGGGUGGCCGCCCUAAGCCCUGGUGCACAAGAGGCCUCCUGA